AGACCCGGGAAAGAGGUUCUGUAAAGAAUCCCGGUUGUAUUUUUUGUGUCAACAAUGGGAGACAUGGAGAAACUUCAGAAGAAGAGGGCAGUCGCCCGAGGGUGGGCAACUCGCAAGUCUAACGUACUAAAGGGCCUUCUCAACAAUCCAGAUGUUAGUGUCAUCGAUCUGCAAGCUGCCAUGGAUGACUUUGAUCAACGUCUUGCCAGCUUGGAGGAGGUACAAACAAUGUUAGAAUUAGAGACUGAUUUUGUGAACUUGGAUGAAGAGCUCGAUAGCGCCUCUGAGUUUUUCCAAGAAGUCCGUAAGCCCAGGCUGCAAGCUGCACAGAGGUGGGGGGAUAUGAUGAAAGGUGAGCAGAGGGAUUCCUCUUCAUCCUCGAGUCCCAGUAAAAUAUCUAGUAGCUCCAAGAUAGCAAAUGUAAAAUUACCCAAAUUAGAGUUACCAAAGUUCAAUGGAGAUGUAACUCUGUGGCAGUCAUUUUGGGACCAUUUUAAGAUGAAUGAGAAAGCUGACAUUCCAGUGAUAACUAAGUUUAGCUACCUGCAGUCAUUAUUGGAAGGACGUGCUAAAGGUGUUGUAAAAGGAUUUGCACAUACCGAAGCAAAUUACCAAAUUGCUUGUGAUCUGCUGAAAAAAGAUUUGGAAGACCUGAAUGCCUUGGGAGUAACAGAGGAGCAGUGUGAAGUGUUCCUGACCCCUCUCAUCCUGUCAUGCCUUCCUGAGGAGCUAAGAUUGGAGUGGGCUAGAGAGGGCUCUGGCCGUGAGAGUGACAUCAGUUGGCUGCUGCAGUUUCUUCAGAAAGAAAUUGAGAGAUCAGAAACCUUCAAAGCUGUGUUGGGGAAGGCAGAAGGACGUUUUGUGGAAUCUGAGAAAAGAAGAGUGCCGUCUGCAUCAGCUCUUUACACAUCGUCUGAAGUAGGAUCUUCUUAUUGCGCAUUCUGUAGCAAGAAACACAAGUCUGAGAAGUGCUGGGAUAUUCAGAAGCUCUCAGAAGCUUUCAUUAAAGGAACAGCAAAAGGUGAAAUAAACACAGAUAAAGCUAUGGAAAGUGAUAUGAGUGUUAAGAAGGUUACUCGAGUUAAAGUGUAUGGUGAUUCAGGUAUUUGUUGUGAAGCCACCUUGUUUGAUACUGGCUCCGAUAGAUCCUAUGUAUCCAGUAAUCUUGUGAAGAAAGUUAAGCCUAAGUGGGUGAGCUCGGAAACAGUGUCAUAUGCUGCUUUUGGAGGUAGUAAGUUUCCUCCAGGUAAACAGAGUAAUAUCUUUGAUUUGAAAUUAGUGGGUUUGCAAGGUGUAAAACAUUUAAUGGCAUUAGAGAUUCCAAAGGUUUGUGCCCCGUUAACUAGACCUUGUAUUCCUAGUAAAUUGGUUGAUGCCUUUUCAGACUUUCAACUUGCUGAUGAUUACAAGAAUUAUAGCCACCUAAGUAUAGAUAUACUUGUAGGUUUGGAUGCUUAUUGGGGAUUUAUGGACCCUGAAAUAAAGCCAUAUCAUAGUAAUGGAUUAGUAGCUCAAAAGUCUGUCUUUGGCUGGGUUUUGUCUGGCUCAUGGAUGAACUCUUCUGAUAAGCCAUUUGAGUCUACCCAAAUGUUAUGCAUAGGGAAUGUAACAGAUUCUGAUUUAAGUGAAUUUUGGAGUUUAGAAUCUGUUGGAAUAAAUCAAAAGGAAACUGUUUCUAACCCAUUUACCUCAGACCCUGUUCUACAGCAAUUUUGUGGAAAUGUUAAGUUUGAUGGGGAGCGUUAUGAAGUAGGCUUACCCUGGAAGUCAGAUGAAUGUAAGAAGAAUCUUAGAAAUAAUGAGGGACUUGCUAGAAAAAGACUAGAAGGAUUAGAGCGUAAGUUAGAUAAGGACCCACAACUUAAGAAACAAUACUCUGAGGUGUUUACUGGCUAUGAAGAAGAGGGAAUAAUUGAGGAAGUCCCUUCAAAUGAGGUUUUAAGUUCUCAGCCUACAUAUUAUAUGCCUCAUCGUCCUGUUGUUAAAGAAAGUAGUGCUUCAACUAAGAUUAGGUCAGUUUUUGAUGCUUCUGCAGCUAGUUACAAUGACAUUUCUUUAAAUGAUUGUCUUGAGUCUGGUCCUUCACUUAAUCCUGAUCUUGUGAAAGUUUUGAUUCGUUUCAGGUGGAAGGUUGCACUGACUGCUGAUAUUACCAAGGUUUUCUUACAGAUCUGUGUUCAGGAAAAGGACCGAGAUGUGCAUCGCUUUUUAUGGAAAUGCAAAGACUCCAUUAGAAUUAUGAGGUUUGUUCGUGUUCCCUUUGGCAACACAAGUAGCCCUUUUUUGCUAAAUGCAACUAUUAAUACUGAAGUCAUAGAAGAAUUAAAGGAAAACCUUUAUGUGGAUGAUUGGCUGUCGGGGGCAGACAGUGCAGAAGAGGCUUCUGUUAAGUUUAAAGAAGCUCAGAGAAUUUUGGCAUUAGACCAGUUUGUCUUUGAGGAAUUUGAUUUUGAUUCAGAGACACAGUUGGUGUCAACAAAAAGAGCAGUACUUAGUCUCAUAGCCAAACUUUUUGACCCUCUUGAAAUUUCAUGGAGAGAGUUGUCGGGUCUAGAACUUCAUGCCUUUGGUGAUGCUUCAGAGAAGGGGUAUGGAGCUUCUGUGUAUUUGAGAGUUCCCCUUGUGGAUGGGACAUACCUGGUGUCAUUUGUAGUAGCAAGGUCUAGGGUAGCUCCUAUAAAAAGGGUUACUUUACCCCGAAUAGAGUUGCUUGGUGCUUUACUUUGUGCACGGCUCUUAGAUUUUGUGAAGUCUGCCCUAUAUCUUGAUAAGACUGUAACUUAUUGUUGUUGGACUGACUCAAAGGUUGCACUUGCAUGGAUAAAGGGUAAUCCUUGUAGGUGGAAGGCAUUUGUGUCAAAUAGAGUUGUUGAAAUUCAGAGUCUCACCUCCCCAUGUCACUGGUACCAUUGUUCAGGGAAGGAAAAUCCUGCUGAUCUCAUUUCUAGAGGGGAGUUAGCUGAGCCACUUGUGAAUUCUACUUUAUGGAUGAAUGGGCCUUCUUGGUUGUCUAAACCUUUAACUUUCAGUGACAGAGGAGAAGCUGUGGAGCUACCUGUAGAAGAAAGUUACAGUGAAAAGAACAUUUCUUGUGUAUCUGUAACCCCUCCUAAAAUAUUUGAGUUUGAGAGAUGGAGUCAAUUCAAUAAAGCCCAUCAUGUAGUGGCUUUGGUUAUGAGAUUUAUAAACAAUACCCGACCUCAUUCUGUAAAAGUGUCAGGUCCAUUGUCUUCUGAUGAGUUGGUUAAAGCCAAGACCAAAUUGUUUUACUGCGUACAGAGAAAGAAAUUUGCUCAUGAAAUUGCCGACUUGAGAAAGGGUAAAUCUCCUGCAAGGAGUUCCUCUUUGUGUAGACUAGAUCCCUUUGUAGAUGAUGAAGGCCUGUUGAAAAUUAAAGGACGUUUGGAGAAUGCAGACUUGAGUUUUGAAAGCAAACACCCUGUUAUAGUUCCCUCAGGUCAUGUUGCUAAGCUCUUGGUUCAAUUUCAGCAUAUUUUCUUGAAGCAUGCUGGAGUAUCCACCAUUGUAUCUACUUUAAGAGGCAGCUAUUGGAUAGUGGGAGUCAGACGAAUUGCUAAAACUGUUUGUAGAGUGUGUGUUCGGUGUAAGAGGUUUGAUUCCAGAGCUUGUAAUCAGCCUGCUGCACCCCUACCAGGAGUUAAGAUUGCUCCUCCCUUUACUGUGACAGAUAAUGCUAGAACAUUUUUGGGUGCAGCUCGUCAACUUCAGCAAGAAUAUGGUCCACUGUCUCCUCAGUGGAAAUUCAUUGUGUCCCGUUCUCCAUGGUGGGGAGGUUGGUGGGAACGUUUGAUUAGGUCUGUUAAGUCUGCUUUGAGGAAAACAAUAGGUAUUAGAAGUCUGUCUAGAAUUGAGCUUGAGACCACUCUUCAAGAAGUUGAGGCUUGUGUAAAUUCUAGACCUUUGACCUUUGUUGGAGAUGAACCAGAUGUUUCAAAUCCUGUGACACCUUCACACUUUCUCAUUGGACGUAAUGCUGGACUCCAGAUUAGUGAUCAACCUUCAUAUGUUACAGGAAAGGAUUUAAUUAUCCGAGAAAGUGUUCGCCAGCAGCAACUUGAUAUUGAAUUAUGGAGCAAUGACUAUCUGAGAAAUUUGCCGCCUGCUUUACUGAAGUAUUCCCUGGUAAUGAUAAGUGUUAGGGUUAAAACUGACAAAGGAACAGUCAGUAGACCAGUGCAGAAGUUGCAUGAUCUUGAAAUGUAUAAUCCUCUGUGA